AUCCGGAUCGGGCCCGGUCGAAAUCAAAAUUGACCGUGACACCGGUGUCAGAAGAUGGCGACCACAGCAUGUUUCCGGCUCCUGCAAUCGCUUCCGGCACAUGCAGUCCGCAAAAGCAUAGCCUUCAAGAUUCCUUUCUGUUACUCAAGGGGUGCCGUUGCUCAUGCGUAGGGAGCCCACAUGCAAACAGCGUUGCAUGUAGGCUCCCUACUCAUGCGCGGAUCUGCACGCCACCUACUUACGCUCUCCAAUAUGUUCGCCCGUGGCAAAGAAGUGAUGUAAUUCAUAAAUAUUAUGACACCAAUGAACUUUUAGCUUGACGUUGCCGUACGUAUUACCUCAAAAAUAUUGGUUACAGUGAUUGUAAAAGCGUUUACGAAACCCUUCAAUCGCAGGUAAUGCCCUACAUAAUAAGCACGCCUGCACCUGGCGGGCUUGUGCUUGAGGGGCCGAUUGCCACCAUGAUGGAGAUCAUUUCAAGAGCGACGAAAAAAAAGCUUUUAGUCGUUAACCACAAUGAAACGAUCUGGGGAUUUAAGCUCAACCAAAGUUACACCGGUUAUCUCGGCCUCGUUGCCCGAGGUGACAGCGACGUGUUUGUGGGGCCAGUGAUGGCUACUGUGGAGAGAAUGGAAAUGGGAGAAAUUACGCCAUCUUAUGUCUUCACCGAAAUGCACUUCAUGACCCCGAAACCUGGAAAAUAUGUCGAUCCUUUUGCGUUUGCGUCGUCUUUCAGCGUAGAGGUGUGGUUCGGCCUGCUCGUUUCUAUGCUUGUAAUUUCUGCAAUGUUCACCCUCGACAAGUGUAUUCAAGAGAAGAACACUGAAAGCAUGCUUCGAAAAUUCUGGAGCAGUUUAUGGCUUUGCAGCACGUAUUUCUUCAAUGCAGCAAAGCACGAAAGAGUGACAAACGUUUCGACCAGGAUUCUGCUCGGAUCAUGGAGCAUUUUUCUUAUCAUCUUGGUGACGUUGCUGAGCAGCCGUCUCGUGAGCACCAUGCUCGUGAAGAGCACCGAAGAUCACGUGGACACCCUUGACGACGUGCUCAGAUUUCCGAAGCUCAAGAUUAUCGUGGAAAGAAAGACUGGUUUUGAGGACUUCGUCAUGAAACCAAAAACUCCUUUCUUCAAAAAGCUUCAACGCCAAGUGGUACUUGUCCAAGGUUCCAUUGUUCCCGGAGCAGUGCUGGAUGACGUGUUUGACCGCGUUGAGGGCGGAGGUCACGUGGUCCUGCACGAGCGGUACUUCCAGGAUGCCACGCUGGCCGUGCGCUACGCCCGGCGUGGCCAGUGCAGUUUCAGGCGGGCGCGUCAGAGCCUGUACCUGCAGCCCGUGGGCAUGAUGCUGAGGAGGGGCCUGAAGCCAGACGUCAAGCGGACCAUAAAGACACACCUCAGGAGAGCAUUCGAGAUGGGGCUCCAAUUUAGGCCAAUGCAACCAUACAUAUUCAACGCGUCAAGAUGCUACGCCGAAGAUCCUGAUGAAGCCGCCGCCUACCGGCUCGAGGAUAUGCAGGGAGCAUACUUUUCCUUGGUCCUAGGUCUUGCACUUUCCUUAGGAAUGUUCAUGACGGAGCUGGCAGUACACCGCACCCCACCAUUCAUGCUAAGUCACCGACUGCUGCGCAAAACGGGACAUUGACUCAUCAAAUGCUCGUAAAUAUAGCCUGUUUGUUGACUGUUGUAGAACAGAGAAUAACCAGAGAUGCGGUUAUUUGCACGUUUUAUAGCAUUGCUCCUAGUUUUCCAGCAAGUUGGAAGGUCGCACUAAAGAGACAAACUGAGACGUAUAUUGCUUGUCUUAAGCAACCAGUUUCCUCUGAUAUUUUACUAAGCACGCCCAUAUAGGCAAGACACAUCGGUAGCCGGCUUUCCUAGUCCUUUUGUAGCUCCCCGACGAGACCUUAAGGGUAAUUACACCACAAAACGUGCUGUUUUCACAGCUAUCAAGCCUCUGAAAUAUCCGCAUAUUGUAGCGUUGUCAGAGCAAGCAGAGGCAAUAAACAUGCCAGUUUAGGUUUUUGCACCUACAGUAAACUCACAGCAUGAAACACGUGUAAUCAAACUUCCUAGACAAAAAUAAACCUCUAACAAUAAAAAGCAAUUCAAACCAUUCAUUGCACAUUUAAAUUUGUUGUUGUGGAAGGGCCAUAAUCAAAUGUGGGAAUAAAACUUCAGCAUGGAAUCAACCGUUACUCGGAGUACAAGACACCGUCCGCUGACGUGUAGAAUUGGUCAACGGAAUUUUACAACUAUUGAUGCUAGUAUCUUCAU